AUGGCAUUUACUAGCGGCGGGGACUGCGCGACGCCGCGACAGUCGAAAGCCCUCGCAGCGUCUGCACCUGAGACUAGUGAGGCGCCUCCUGCCGUGCAGCUCCGAGUGGGCGAGCUCUACUGGAAACAAGAGGGGCCGUACGGCUGGGCACUCGGCCACGUCUCGUCCUUUGACCGAAAGCAGCAGACGGCAACGUUUUGCCUCAUUGAUGAAGCCACAGGGGAGCGCCUGUGUCCCAGCGAAGCGCUGCCCGAGGUGGAGCAGCUCGUGGACCUGAGCCAGUCGCUUCUCUUGGCGGCCAAUCCGCUGUUCAGCACCGCCGCCGACAUGACGUCGCUCCGCCACUUGCACGAAGCGGCCCUGGCCAAGAACUUGGAAGACCGCUCGGCGCUGCAGAACCAGCGGCCGUACACGUUCAUGGCCAACGUGCUGAUUGCAGUGAACCCGCUGCGGCACUUGUCCGAGCCCGACAAGAUGUUGUUUGUGGGUCAGCCGCUGGACAAAUGUCCGCCGCAUCCGUACAACGUGGCGGAGAACGCGUACCGCCAGCUCUGUGCCGUGCGGGCAGUCAUGCAGAACCAGAGCAUCAUCAUCAGUGGAGAAAGCGGGUCUGGCAAGACCGAGACGUCCAAGAUCAUUCUGGACUUUUUGACCAUGCGAGCCGUACACAGUCCAGCGCUGUCGUCGUCCAUGUCGUGCACUUCCGAUGAAGACAUGGAGCCGGAACCGGAGUUGACAGCCGCCAGCCGAACCGUGAUCGGCUGCAUGGGCCCACCUCGCUCGUCGACACUUGCCAUGUCGUAUCCGCAGUCAAGCGGCAAGGGCAAGUUGUCCCCCGUUGCAGUGGGCGAGAGACUGAUGGAGACGAUUCCGAUCUUGGAGUCGUUUGGCAAUGCCAAGACGCACCGCAACCACAACUCGAGUCGAUUUGGCAAGUACAUGAGGCUGCAGUUUGCCAACGAGACGCACGAGCUCUCGGGGGCCAGUAUCGACACGUAUUUGCUCGAGAAGAGUCGACUGGUGUUCCAGCCACAGGGGGAGCGGAACUUCCACGUCUUUUACGAACUCCUGCAUUCGGACGACACGGCGUGUCUCGAAAAGACUUUCCACUUGAAACCAAAGCAGCCAGAGGCCUACGCGUACCUGAACCAGUCGGGUUGUUUGCGCUCGGACCUCAUUGAUGACGCCGAGAACUUUCAGAACCUGAAAAGCGCGUUGCAGUUCAUUGGCAUUCGUGAGAGCACGCAGCACGCGAUCUUUCGUCUCGUAGCGGGUUUGCUGCAUAUGGGCAACAUCACCAUCAGUCAGGAGGACACGGAAGAAGGAGAGACUGCGUGCAUCCGCCAGAACGAUGUCGAGUCGCAAGAGGCGGUGCGUCACGCUUCAGAGCUCUUGGGCGUUUCUUCGGAGCAGCUCACGGACAGCAUCUUGUUGAAGCGCAUCAUGACGCGUGGAUCCCGACGCAACUCGAUUUAUUUUAUCAAGCGCGACGUUCGGAACGCCGUUUAUUCUCGUGACACGAUUGCCAAGACGAUCUACGAGCACACUUUCACGUGGCUCAUGUGGAAAUGUGCUGCGGCGCUGGACUACGACUCGUUUCGAAGUGACGUGGUGCCGUACAUUGGCGUGCUCGACAUCUUUGGUUUCGAGGACUUUGAACCGAAGAACCGAAACUCGUUCGAGCAGUUGCUCAUCAACUAUGCCAACGAGACGCUGCAGAGUCUGUUCAAUACCUGCAUCUUUGAGGCGGAGCAGGAACUGUACACGAGCGAGCACAUCUACCACCCGACGAACCAGUCGCUGUUGUUUCCGUUCCCUCUCGCCGGUCAAGUGCCUGCAGCGAAAGAUGCAGACAACGGAGUCGGCUUUUUGGCGAGGCAAGCUGCACCCAGUGGUGACCUCGUGGCCUACUCGGACAACCGCGAGUGUCUGAAUUUGAUGGCUAGUCGCCACGGCGGCCUAUUCGCAACGAUUGACAAUGUGUCGCGGCUUCCCAUGCCUUCCGACCGCCAGCUGAACGAGCGCCUGCACACGCUGUUCAAGCGUCACCCGUGUUUUCCGACACCACAUCCGAAGGACGUCCGAGACACGUUCCUCAUCCGCCACUACGCAGGCACAGUAUCGUACACAAUCAGCUCGUUCGUCGACAAGAACAACAACAUUGUGUCGGAUCAGUUCGAGGAGCUCUUGAAGAGUUCAUCAUCACGUGUGCUGCAGGACUUGACUGGCAACACGCACAACAGCAACCGCGCGCGCUCGGGAUCGAUCACGUCUACAAAGUCCACGGAGCUAUCACCUCUACGAAGCAGCUCGGCAUCUUCCAAGCGUCUUAAGGGAGGCAGCACAUCGAACCUGUUUUCGACGCAGAUGAAGGGCCUGACGACCGAGCUAGAAGGGACGAGCUGCAGCUUUGUGCGUUGCAUCAAGCCGAACACCCUGAUGCAGACCGGCGUGUUCGAUCGACCGUUUGUCGUCGAGCAGCUGCGAUGUUCGGGUACCGUGCAAGCGUGCGAAGUGCUGCGCGUCGGCCUGCCUACCCGCAUUCUGUACGCUGAAGUUGUUGACGUGUACCGCAACUUGCUGCCGCACGAAGUCUUCUGCCAGUUCGACUCGAACGACAAGCUCUUCACGCAAGCGAUUCUGUGGGCCUAUGACUUCCCUCCUGCUGCUUACCGGUUGGGAGACACUCGUCUGUUCUUCUGCACGGGAAAGAUCGACCUACUGGACAAGCUCCUGACUCCAGCUCCAGUGUCGACGGAAAACUUGGGCAAGCAGUUGUUGCUCUACCUGCGCAAAAAGCGCUGGAUCAGCUUGACUACUGCUGUCUUCGCCUUUAACGCGUUCAAGCGCGUUUUCCAGGAAGUCCGGUACCGUCGCCGCGCCACGAUGAUCCAGUGCCUGGUGCGACAGCAUCUCGCUCGGAAGCGUGUGCGCAGGAUCCGCGUGCAUCGACGGAUCAACAAGUUCUGGACUCGGAUGUCACGCCAAGCACAGAUCAUGCGAGCGUACCAGGACCGGCCAGAGGACAAGAUGGUGUUGCUCGACAAGUUGCUGGCCAAGAGUUACCUCCCUGUCCAGCAGCGCUGGCUGUUGAAGUGGCUGGGUCCACUGCAGCGCGUCAUUUACUUGCAAAAGCGCUGGAAGAAGAUCACUGCCCAGCACAUGGCCAAACGCGGCUUCCUUUGGCUCUACGAACGUGUGCGGCGCACGCGGAGUGCACUUCUUGUGCAGUCGCAAGUCCGUGCGAUGAUUGCAAAGACACGUUUCUUGAAACUCAAGAAAAAAGCUCUCGCUCGGAGCCGCUGGCAUGCUGCGUACCUGAAGACUCGAGUCUUUUGUCUGUUCAAUCGGCAGCUGCGUCGGAUUCACGUGGACCGGUUGGAAAAGGACAAUGCAAGUUUGGUGCAGAGCCUGACGGCCGUGUCAGGCCAGAUGAGCAAAGCUCAGGAAGAAGCGAGAACCGUGAAGCUGCAGCUCAAGCAGCUGCAGGUGUCGCACCACGAAGUGAAGAUUGAAGCCAAGCAGCAGCGAAAGCGUGUGGAGGAACUGGAGCUGGUGUUGCAGGCUCGACGAUCGGAGAUUGCCGAGCUGCGCCGACAGGCGAAACGGGACUGUGGCCUCGUGGAGCGUAUCAUUCGCUUUUUCACGUGCAACUCGGUCAUAUCGCCACCUUCUUCGCCCCUUGGCAUGGUCACGCCCUCUCGGCUGCCGACGUUGAAGCAGCAGGCGCAGUCAGCUUCCGAAGAGACGUUUGACAAGGCUGAACCCAUUGUAUGGGCGACACCGCUGAGUGAAGUUGUCAUGAAUUUGCAAGAGGAGGACGGAAGUGCUGCCAAGCGACGUAUGAAUGCCAUAGCAGAGAGUGAGGAGCCUACGUUGGCGCUGGAGGAGGAGGAGUUUCGGAUCAAGGACGCCGACAUGUUGUGGUCGGUAUCUCGGUAUAUGUUUUGA